CGAGAGGCAGCAUCAGGAAGCUCCAGGCCGUUGCCAGCCCAGGGCCGGGCAGCCCACCGUGCCCACCCCGGUCCAUGACCAUCCUGAGGGCUUCCAUCCUGGGCAGGGGACCUGACGGCGUGUGAGUGGGUGUGGCCAACCGGCCUGGAGCAAGAAUGGGUGCCAGGCGGCAGACCCUGAGGCUGCCCCCUGAAAGCCCCCGGGGCAUGUGGUGACAGGGCUCCCGGCUCUGCCCUCGCUGCUGGCCCGGCAGUCCCGGCAACCUGCCUGGGGGAGAUGGCCCAGGCGCACCCCAGAGAUAGCCAGGGGCACUGCCCCUUCUGCCCCAGGGCCCCAGGGAGACCAGCUGCCCGGAAGGCCCGCGCCAGGCCCAGGGCAGGCGGGCGGCGUCCAGCUGCAGCCGAGGAGGACCUCCUGGCCGCCCUGAGGUGGCCCAGGCCCUCCCCACAGCCAGGCGUCCCUCGGGAGGCGCCCUACGUGGCCUGGACUGACCACAUGGAGAGGCCGGGCACCGCGGGGCAGGCCUGCAGCCGCCCUGCUUGGACAGCCGGUGACGAGGCCCAGGAUGGGGACAGCUCCGUGUCAUCGGGCCGCCUGUCCGGCUCCUCGGGGGGCCACAAGUCGUGCGCACCUGCCCACAGGCCCUGGAAGGAGAGGCCCCCCCUGGUGCUGGGGUCCCCACAGCAGCGCGGGGAAAGCAACUCCCGGCUGGAGCAGCUGAGGGAGAAGAUCCGGGCGCAGGCGUGUUGGCAGGCCAGCUGCGCCUCCCUGGGCACCUCGAUGCCCUCCAGCGCCUCGCACCUCCUCAGAGCCUCCCCGCCAGCCCCCCGGAGGAAGGUCAGAAAGCUGAAGAAGGCCCCUCCGGCCCCGGCCUGCCCAGGCUUCGGCAACCCGAGUGCAGCUGGGCGUGCCGUUCAAGACAAGGCCAUCCCUGGCCAGGAGCGUGUGCCCUCCAGGGGCUCCCAGCGCCAGGCCUCUGCUCCACGGGAGAAACACAAAAGCACGAAGAGUAGUUCUUGCAAAAGAGAGAAGGCCCCCAGAUCAUCCACCAGAAGAGCUGCCAAAGACCAGGAUUCUGAGUUGGUUGGUGUUUACGCCUGGAGGAAAGGACAAGCCCUGGUGCGGGGGCUGCUCGGGCCCCCUCCCGCCCUCCCCAGGCUCCAGAGCAAGGCCCCCUCAGGAGCGCCGGCCCCCACCACCGAAUUAGGAGACACAGAAGACCCUGUUGACCCCCGGACACUCCGUCCAGCCGCCGUCCGCAGUGACCCCCAGGUGUCUGCCCACAUGCCCAACCUGGCGUCCUGCAACGAGGCCGGGAGCAUCCAGUCGGCCAUGGCCGUCCUGCAGGACCUCCGCCGGCAAAUCCAAGCGGGGCUGGAGCUGGCCCAGGACCAUCGCCGCAGGGGAGAGCAGGAGCGCCGGCAGCUGGCCGGGAGGAGGCCCCAGGGCCACUGGAGUGCCCCGGAUGUGCGGGCCGCCCCCCGCAGGAGCUCUCAGGGCCCGGCAAAGGGGGUGCACUGCUCCUCCUCAGAGUGUGCCAGGAGCGCCUCCACUGAGCAGCACUGGGGCGCCUCGACCAGGAGGGAGUCCUCUCCACAGAGGACCUGGUUCCCCCAAGGACGGGACCCCACCUUCCAGAGGCCUGGGAGCCCCCCUGAGAGGCCCCGGAGUGCCUCGGCCGGGCAGAGGGCCAGGGCCCCCUGCAAUGACUGGGAGGCCUCUCCCCGAGGACCCUGGAGCCCUCCCGCCCAGCGGCCCUGGAGCGCCUCCUUCGUGAAAAGGGCCAGCGCCCCAGUCCAGGGCAGAGCCCACCCCUGGCCCAGGCCCGCCCAGAGCACCUCUCAGCUGGCACCUGGGCAGGAGAAGGAGGCUCGGCUGCCGCCGCCCUGCCCAAAGCCCCGGGGGUCGCUGGGCCACCCAUACAGCCCUGCGUCCUUGCGGGAGUUCAUGCGCCAGAAGGCCCUGGCGCGCCAGCAGCAGGUCCUGGAGGAGAAGGCCUCGGCCGCGCAGGCGCAGGAGCUGCGGAGCCAGCGGCUGCAGGACGUGUACAGGCAGCAGAGGGAGGCCGUGCGGGGGAGGGCCGGCCCCACCAAGGCCUUCCCCCUGGUCUCCCAGACGACCCCCAGCAUCGUGACCUUCGUCCCACACUCAGCACCGCUCAGGGGCCAGGACGCGCCCGGGAGUGGGGGGUCACCCACGCAGCAGUGGAGCAAGGUGACCUCCGGCAUGGUGCUGGGGGACCAGGAGGCCCCGGGCAGCUUCUGCCUGUGUCUGGACCGAGCCUUGAACCAUGAGCCUCUGCAGACAGGAGGCCCCCAGGAAGGCUGGGUGGGCGCUCCCCUGCCGACGUCUGCUGGCUCCCCCUCGGGUCCCCUAAAGCUCCAGGACCUGACUGCCCACCCCCCGCGCCCGGGGCUGUGCAUCUACCUGGGCCCCGAGGAGGCGGAGCGCCUGGGCACGCGGGGCCCGCUGCACUUCCGCUACAAGCAGGCCCGGCUGCAGGCCCUGGAGACCAUGGCCAACGUCCUGAAGCAGCGCAUCGACCUCCUGACCGCCAAGCUGCUUGGGGCGGACGCAGCGGGCACUCUGGAGGGCCUGCCCUCGAACCUGCCGCCCUCACGCCCCAGCACCCGCGGUGCCAGCCUGCCCCCGAGCCUUGGCGCCCCCAAGCCCGCCGUGCCAGCCUGCCCCCGAACCGUGGUGCCCGACGCGGGCAGAGGGUCUCCCUGGCGCUGGGCGGACGUGCGUGCCAGGCUGCUUCUCUCUCCCGCCUGCUUGCCCGACGGAGAGACGCUGCUGUGGAGUCCUGGCUGGGAGCAGCGGAGGAGCGUGAGCCCCGGGGGCCACCUGGCCUACUCGCCCCCAGGAUCCAUGGAGGAUGGAUGUUUGGAGCUGGACCGGAGGCUGGCGAGAGACACGGCUUCCGUCCAGGCCCUCGGCCCCUUGGCAGGGAGCUCACUCGAGGUGCCAGCCCCGCCGGACCCCACCUGUGGCUCCCUGUGGCUGGAGGAGAUACCAUCGGCCAGAGGGGCAGGCUUGGUCACGCCCUGGACCCUGCAGAGCUGCGGUCAGCAGGAGCCUGGCAGGCACUUCUCAGACCUCCAGCAGAAGUCCCUGAGCUUCCUCCAGGCCCUGAAGCUGGACCAGCAGAAGCAGGAGCAGGCCCUGGCCCUUCUGCGGCAGCGGGCGGAGCUGGAGGUCUGGGAGACCCAGAAGGCCCUCGAUGAGCUGCUCUCUAAACACAGGCUGGCGAGGCGGAUGGAGAAGCGCAAGACCCAGGCCAGGCCAGGAGCAGCACCAGAGCUGGAGGGGCUGCGGCUGUGGGCGGGCCCGGAUCUGAAGCCCCCCUGGAGCGCUGUGACGGCCAGAUCCAGGUGCGUCCAAGGCCAGGACGGUGGCGCCCGCCCAACGUGGAAGCCGCCCCUGGGCAGAGACGCUGCUGCGCCCUCAUGGGGCCCCAAGGAUGGACGGGAGAGGCCGGCCGGCCAGUCAGCCUAUGCGGCGCCCCUGCAGGAACCGGAGCCAGGACACGCCCCAUCCCAGUUGCCCCUGGCCAGGCUCUACCCUUGGGACCACCCUGUUCACCAGGUGCUGGGGCGGAGCCCGCGGGAGGAAGAGCUGCUGCGCCUGCGUGAGGAGGCCGUGCAGGCGAAGACGAGCUGGGAGCCAGCCUGGAUGGAGUGGCAAAGGUGUCCAGGCAGCCAGGGCAGCGAGGCCGCGCUGGUCUUGGCCGAGAAGCAGCCUCAGGGCCUCAGCAGCCUUGAGCAGGGGCAGAGGGAAACCCGACGCCCGGGCAGCAGUCGCCUGCUCUCGUGCCAGGAGAGGACCCUGCUCCUGCGGCACCACCGGCACGUCCUCUCGGUGCAGAGGGCCGUGGCCCGCCUGCGGCAGGAGCUCCUGGCCACGGCCCAGCUGCUGCAGGGUUCCAGCCCCGAAGCCAAGGCCACCUGGGAGUGGGGCUCUGAGACAAGCCAGCAGCCAGUGGGGCCUGCGCAGGCCUCAUCAUGCUCCCCGACACCACUCAGGCCCCGCAGCCCCUCCGCCCACGGCCCCUGGAGGAGCCCCGAGAGCCCGAGAGUCCCGCCGUGAGUCGUCAUGGGCAGCCCUGGCCCUGUGCUCGCCCUCUCCUCCCUCCGGGAGCUCUUUCCAAAUAAAACUCACUGGGACUGA